UCAACAAGCCGAGACGAGAGGGCAGGCGGACACUAGGCGUCCCAAUCAAUAUCGAUUUUGAUUGGGUUAAACAGUAGUUUCAUUCUUUAAAAAAUGUGUCUCAUUUUGCCACCUGUUACUCCUGUAAACAGCACGUAGUAGUGCGCAUGCGCGGAUGGCAGUUGACGUUUGUCAAAAGAGACUGCAAAGUUGAAGAGAGUUGAUUCAGGAGAUAGAUCGCAAUCAUGGCAUCAUCGUCGGAAUCAGAUAAGAGUUCAAAUUUUCUGCGACAAUUCAGAGACUUAAAAACUCGUGAAUUUAAUCUUUUGUCUGCCCAACAGUUUAUGGAAGUUUGGAAUCACUACGAUACUGACGGUAAUGGGUUUAUCGAGGGCAGUGAGUUGGAUAGUUUUCUCACACAACUGGUGACUAGCAUUAACACGCAGGACACGGGGCCAGAGGUUGUGUCUCCCACAGCUCUUACGGACGCCAAGACUCUGCUCAUGAAUGCUUUUGAUGAAAACAGCGACGGGAAAAUAGACAUUGCAGAACUUGCCCAGGUGUUGCCGACCGAGGAAAACUUUUUACUCCUAUUCCGACGAGAUAAUCCCUUAGAAUCCAGUGUUGAGUUUAUGAAGGUUUGGAGAGAAUUUGACAAAGACCGAAGCGGAUACAUUGAAGCAGACGAACUCAAAAACUUUUUGUUACAUCUCCUGAAACAAUCUAAAAGAGAACACGAAGUAUCGGAGGAACAACUCAUCACUUAUACUGACACGGUGCUACAAUUAUUCGACAGGAAUAAAGAUGGAAAACUACAAUUGAGUGAAAUGGCAAAACUUCUUCCUGUAAAAGAGAAUUUCUUGUGCCGACCAGUAUUUAAGAGUGCCAGUAAGCUGACCAAAGAUGAUAUUGACAAAGUAUUUCGUCUUUACGAUAGAGAUAACAGUCAUUAUAUUGAGAAUGAAGAGCUGAAUGGAUUCCUGAAAGACCUCAUGGAUCUUGUAGAGGAGGACUAUGACGAAGAUGACCUGAUUCAGUGCCGAGAGGCUUUACUGCGGGACUGUGACCAGAAUCAGGACGGCAAAAUCGACUACAACGAACUCAGGAUGCUGUUGGUGUCCUACAACCAAGUCUCGGUCGAUAAUCCGGGCUUUGAGCAAGAAGACUCCUCUUAGAUGAAAUAGGACUGAUGCUAGUAGGAUCGUACCCCGAUCCCGAUGUAAUAUUCCUAUGGGAAAUGAGAAGUGUUCACGGUGCCAUUUCAUUUCUCCUGAGAAGGACAUUAGUUGUAUUUACUGUACAGUGUUUUAAAUUCUUCUUUAUGGUAUUUUUCCAUCUGUCUGUAACGUUUGAAAACACCAACAUAGUUUACAUGGCGCCAAAUGCCGUUACGCCUCGCUGCUUUUCUUGUAGAUAUUGUACAUAUAAUCAAAAUAUAAAACGUGUGCCAUUGACGUGUCCAACAACUAAAAUUUCCGUUGUAGCUGUAUCUUUAAACAUUUGAAAUGUGUGUUAUUUGUUUUAUUUUAAUAUUACCCUAGUUGAUAUAACCAUAUACAGCGUGCUGAUUCACGUGGUCAUUUUAGAAUUUUGCAACCUUUGUUAAACGUGUGUAAUAUAAUGUAACGCACAUUUGGAUUAAGAUAUUGCCUCUAGGCAUUGUUUUACGGAUUGUUGAAAAGGAAUUUACGAAUUCUGAAAACAAUAAUUAUUCAUUUGUUUUCUCGGUUAUCGUGAUUUGCUAUAGUAUAAACGAUCAACAUGAAGUGUUAAGUAAACAUAAUGUAAUGCACGGUGGUUGCCCUUAGUAUUAAACAUUAUGUUCAACGAGACUACGGUCAUCUGUUACAAGGUAAUGCAUUAAUACCCUAAAUUUGUGAAAUUGAUUUCAUUAUGUAUAUAGAUGUUUGUUUACGACAGAAAUGCGUAAUUAAUUAGCAAGAUAAUUAGUAAUAAAGAGUAGGACCGUACUUAAGAAUUUGUUAAGGUGCUUCAAACUCUGUGACUUUGUGGUUGUUGUAAAAUUGUUAACUCUCCGUUGUUCUUUUGGAUAAUUUCAUUGUGCUAAGAUAUUGAAUAAUUAAUAUCCCUCAAUAUAUCAAAUCCAUUUUUGAAGAAAGACAGGGAGAGUAUUGAAUAUGUUUAUUUAUCCAACGACUUAAGAUUUUUCUCUCUCAAUUGUAAGUGUGUAGUAUUUCAUAAUUUUUCAAAUAUUUAAGAAAAUGCAUAGAAUUAUACAAAUGUAUAUGAUUUCUCUUAGAUAAUUAUGUGGCUUUUUCUUACAUGCAGUAAAGCGAAAGAAAUUAA